AUGAGCAGAACAUGGAGGCAGCCAGGCCCUGCAACUGGGGAGGUCGAGGAGGCAGAGGAGCUAAGGGAGCAGGUGGGAAACGGCUGCCUGCCCGCCCUGGGCGGCCCUCUGGGUGUUGCCUGCUUCCCAAGGGAGCCGCUGGAGGAGCAGUCCGUGUCUGGAGAGCUCAGUGGAGGCAGCGUACAAAAAAGAAAGAACCAACAUGGGGGAAUCAUGAAACAGCGCCAUUUUAAGAAAUCUGGUUAA